UUCACUUGGUUGGACGCUACACCACAUCCCACCGGCCCCUGGACUCUGGCGUCCAGCAGCGUCGCCUGUGUCAUGGGGGUCCUUGGACCUUCCAACAGGCUCCUGUUCCUGCCUCUCCUUCUGAGCAUGGGUGGUUUCAGCCCUAUCCAGGCACAGGACGGAUGCAACUGCCCUGUGGUGAGUCCCGGUGUGCUGGCAGGGAUCGUGCUGGGGGACCUGGUGCUGACCCUCCUCAUUGCCUUGGCUGUGUACUCCCUGGGCCGAAUGUUUCCUCGGGGACGAGGGGCUGUGGAAGCAGUGACCAGGAAACAGCGCAUCACUGAGACAGAGUCGCCUUAUCAGGAGCUCCAAGGUCAGAGGUCAGAUGUCUAUAGUGACCUCAACACACAGAGGCCGUAUUACAAAUGAGCCUAAACCACGGCAGUCAACAUCCUGAUGCCUGGAUCCACUCAUUCCUGACACCUACCCUGCAUCCUAUUCCUACUUCCACCAAGAUAAAGAUCCACAGAGUGCCCUCUCUGAGAGGUCAGAUUUCUCUCCACCACUGCCCCCAAAUAAACGUGGCACAUAAAAGGUC